UGCCCCUUUCCCCCCACACAAAAUAUUAAUACUAAUAAGUUAAUUCCCUCAUAUUGUAUUCUUCUCCCAACACAAGAAUAUAUUCUCUCUUACACUAUAGUUUUAGAGACACCAAAAUAAAACCAUCAUUUCUCCCUUCAACAACACUCCCUCUUGGCUAGCUCCAAUACUAUAGUUUGAAGACUAGCCAAACCACAAAAAAAAAAAAAAAAAUCUUCCUUCUACAAUUUGCUUCAAAUUCAUUCAAUAUCAACAAUAACAAAUUCAACGAUACGUUCAUUAUGACGAACAAACGUGAAAAUCCAUCAUUUUUUUCUAUACAUCCCUCAAGACGCCUCGAUCCUAACAAUGACAAGGCCGAAUCAACAAGGCCUAAUAAUUUACUAGUCAAGAAAAACAACGUCACGAUUAAACGUGGUGAUCAAGAAAAAUUCAACAAUACUGAAACUACGUCAGACAUGAUCAACGUGCACGUGGGACAUGUUGGCGCGCAUAACGAGGGCGGACCAAUGAGGACAGAUGAUAGUGGACGUGAAAGAUUGAAGAGACAUAGAAUUGAAGUGGCAGGACAUGUAUGGAUACCAGAAAUUUGGGGACAAGAAGAAUUACUCAAAGAUUGGAUUGAUUGUAGUGCAUUUGAUUCAAAAUUGAAUAAUAAUAAUAAUAUAAUGUCAGCUAGGGCUGCUUUGGUUGAAGAAAGAAGAAGAAAUAAUUCGUCUUGCAGAUUGAGAAUUGAAAAUAGCUAUUGAAAUUAUGCACCAAAAAAAAAAGAGAGAUGAGUUUUAAUUUUAAUUUUAUUUUUUUGGUUUUUUUUCCCUCUUUAAUUGAACUGUUUUAUUAUUUUUAUCAUAAUAAUUGUGUGUUUCCAUGUUAAUACAUUGAAGAAAUACAAAUGUUUAUGGUUGGGAUAAUA